UUACUUCCUAGUAGACCUAGAAUCUAGGAUCUAAACUAGUAGUCUAAAACCGCUUACCAAGAACAUUCUUUUUUUUUCCAGUUAUUUAAAGGGAAUAUUUAAAGAAGAUCAUCGAUUAUGUAGUCUUGAUCUAGAAAAGGGAUGAUACACAAUAACUAAUCUAUUAAUUUGUGAAAUUAAAGUUAAAGCUUUACUAUGGGUUAAAGGAUUUCAAAAUAAUGUGGCGACUAUGUUUGACAAUGGAGGACAUUGCUUUGAAAAUACAUGUUGUAUAUUUCUGAGCACUGACCAAAACCUGCUCAUCUGACUUGUUAUAGUAUACUUCACUCCCUAGCUUAACAACGUAUUAUUACCAAGAUGUUAAAGAAAGCUUCUCAGUUGUUUCAUAAAAAACUUUCUAGUGAUAAUUUAAAUAAUGAAGAAGAGCCAGAAAUCCCCAGGGUUUACAAUGAGUUAUAUUUUUAUGGACGAAUUACAAGACAAGAGGCAGAAGAGAUUCUGGCAGUUAAUGGCAUGGAAGAUGGUUUAUAUUUACUCCGUGAAAGUAUUACUCCUAUGGGUAACUUUUCUCUUUCCAUGGCGUAUGAAGGCAGACCUGUUCAUUAUUCAAUUGAAAAGAAAAUCGAUGGUCAGUUUAUGAUUGCCGAAGGGGUGACCUUUAGAGAUCCUGUUGCGCUUAUACAACACUAUCAAACACAUAAGACUGGUUUUGUUACAGUCCCGAAAAUUCCCUGCUGCCGUAGACCAGAUCAGGAUGCUAUUGCUUUCAGGGGCCUUAGCUAUCAGGAUCUGCACACACACAUGAGAUCAGCAGCUAGAAAUAUGAAUGCUAAUUUAUCGCGAGCACUUGGACCAAUGAGAGAGUCACUGUUGAUGCAUGUAUUAAGGACCAUGCAUGAAAAAAUGCCUUGGUUUCAUGGAACCAUAUCUAGAGAUGAAUGUAUCAAAAGACUCGAAGAAUCCGGUCAUGAAAGUGGAAAAUUUAUAAUUCGUACUAGGACAGAUGGUCAAACAUUUGCUCUCACAAUGAGUCAUGAAGGAACAAUGCGCCAUUAUUUUAUUUUGGUCAAUGAUGGAGAAACAUACUCGAUAGAAAAUGGGCAUAGAUUUAAAGCUCUAAUAAUUUUAGUUGACCAUUAUCAUAAUAAACGUGAUGGUCUCCCAUGUAGAUUAUCUGUUCCUUGUCCUUCACCUGAUACAAUGCACAAUGCCUGGGAAAAUUACAGGAAACUGAGUAAGAAUUUAACUCAAAAGCCAGGGAUCCGAGGGCAAGUUAGAGAAGAAACAAACAGUGACCCUGCUUUACCACCCCGUCGCCCACCUGCACGCACCCCAGAUAGGCCCCCACCCCCAAUACCACAGCAUGAGCCUCUGUUUUGGGACAGACCUGUUCAGGAUGUUGAGGAAGACGAUGAUAUAGAAAAUAUGCCUUCCCCUCUAGGCCCGGCUAUAUCUCAAGAACAAGCAGAACAAUUAGAGAGCAUAUACAUAGACAUAAGGCAGGACGUGUUAUCUAAAGACCUUAGACCAGAUCAGGUGAUACUUGAAGGAAAAUUAGGUUCUGGUCAGUUUGGGGAGGUAAGGAAAGGGAUGUGCCAGUUAUCUAAGUCAAAAACUGUUCCGGUGGCUGUCAAAACUCUCAAAAACAAUGACCCAGCUGGGGAGAGAGAAAUUCUGAGUGAGGCCAAUUUAAUGAAAACCUUGAAUCAUCAACACAUUGUUAGGAUGAUAGGUGUAUGCAAAGGUGAAAGUCUUAUGCUGGUGAUGGAACUGGCUGAGUUGGGACCAUUAAAAAAAUACCUGGAGAGACACCUUGAGAUGAAACUGUCCCAUCAAGUGGAAAUGAUGCUCCAGAUCUGUGAUGGCAUGACCUACUUAGAAUCUAUGGAUGUUGUUCACCGUGACCUUGCUGCUCGUAAUGUGCUGUUGGUGACCGAUCAUUUUGCUAAGAUCAGCGACUUUGGGAUGUCAAGAAUGGUUGACAACAGUUCAGAGUAUUAUCUUGCUCAUGGUCCAGGCAGAUGGCCACUGAUGUGGUAUGCCCCAGAAUGUUUGUACUACCACAAGUUUGACCACAAGUCUGAUGUCUGGAGCUUUGGUGUCACCAUGUGGGAGAUCAUGUCAUUUGGAGCCAGACCUUAUGAUAGGAAGAAACCACAGCAAAUUCUGCAUUUUAUUGAGUCAGGAAAUCGCCUCAGCAAACCAAGAAACUGUGAUGAUCGUAUCUACCGAAUCAUGUUGUCAUGCUGGGAGUUUACGAAAGACCUACGACCCAACUUCUCUGAACUCAAAGAUGAUUUAAAGAAACUGUAUGCUGAAUUUUUAAGAGAUCAGCGAUAAAGCUGCUAAUAGUUAUUUUUCCCUAGGUGAUCAAACCUUUGUACAGAUCUGUAAAUGUUAAUAGGUUAAAAGUAAACUCAAGAAUUUGAUUGAUACAAAUGGCUGCAAUCUGGCAUAGUUUUUUUAGCAAAUGUGUGGCUGAAACUUACAAGAACAGGUUUUUUUCGGAUUAUUUACCUGGAAAUUUGAAUGGUCUCAUUUUUUUUAAAUUUAAAAAUGUAUUGUAUUAUAAUCCCCACACAAUAAUUGUUUAAAUUACCACCUCAAGUAUCCCCACACAUUUACAAAUUGUUAAAAUACCACAUUAUCCCCACUCAAAGAUUAUAAAAUAUUGUUAAACCGGUGUUGUAAACCAUUGCGGUCUUGUAUUGACAGGCAGUUAUGACAAUCUGUGACCUCUUUCCACACUAGGUGAUACAUUGAAUGUCUGAAUGGUUUUGUUGGUCUGUUUUUUUUUAAUUUAUAUUAUAAUUUCUUCAGUUCUAUAACUUCUGUUCCAUAAGUUCUUGAGUGAAACAGCUUUAACUCUGUCAUACAAUUAACUUCAAUAUGGUUUGAUGUAAGUGCACUAGUUAUCCUACUUAAACAAGCCAUGUCUUCCAUUCCAUUUUUACCAGCUUCCAGUUCUUGCUAAAGAUGUAAACAAAUUUAUCAUGUGAUAACGGUAACUCUUCAUUGUUGUAGGAACAUAAUUUUUGUCAUGUGAAUGAGUAAAAACUACCUAUAACUGCAAACCACAAUGUAUGUUGAUAAACAUGUAAUAGUGUAUUUUGUCACUUUUUACAAGUCUAAUGAAUAAAGUAUGAAUGAUGCUGUGAUUAAAAAAAACUUUAAAAGUAUUAUUGUAUUUUUGUUUUCAUGAUUAUGGUAUAUGUAAAAAUGUAAUUUUAACAUUCUGAUUAUUGUUUUUUUACUUUGAGUGUAUGGCAGAAUUACUCAAGAAUAGACAUUUAAAAAUCCAAAUGGUUUUAUUUCAUCAAUACUAUGCAACUGCAUUUUUUCCUAUUUAAAAAAAAUACAGCAUACAGUGUUUUCUCUAUGACAUUGAACCUUUAUAUACUGUAGCUUUUUAUUUUCAGACGUGUAUAAACAUACAUUGCAACCAACUUAAAAAAAAUUGAUAAUGAUAAGGUUGCUUGAACACAGAUCUUUGCAAUAGUGAAAGUCAGUACAACUGGUUGCUUUUUUUUAUCAAUUAGGAACUUUGCAAAAUUACAAAAUACUUACAAAAUGUAUUGCAUAAUUAAAUGUAAUUUCAAUUUAUUAUAUUUUGUAUAUUUAUAAAAUAAUUUUAUGUUUUCUAUGAAUAUGAUUUAAAAUUGAUUAUUUUGAAUGAUGUAAUCCUUAUUUUUAAUUUUUAAAACACCCACUCCUCAGUCACCUUUGAGGCAACUUACUUUUUCACUUUUAACUACCUUGAUUAUACACUUGGUCAAACUGGCUCACUCUAAAGUAUGUUUAACAAGGUGAAAUCUGUGAUGUCCUACCAAACAAUGGUUAGUUGAAAAGUCAUUGAGACACUAUGAAUGCUAAACUAUUUGAUAAGAUUAUAAUAAUGUUGCAUGCAUUUUAUAAGUCAAUGUUUUUAGUAACAGGUUAAUAACUGCAUACCUGGUAGGUAUGUAUCAAAUCUACAUUUGGACCCUGACAGUUUUUACAUACAUUUUUAGGUCAUAAGUAAAAAUAGACCCUAUACAAUUGUGACUUGAGCUAUUUAAGUUUUAUAGACUUUUUAAAAAUAUAUUUUCUCAAUGAGUUAAAUGUAUGAUUUCAAAAUGUUGUCAUUUUUUUUUUUAUUAAUUUUCUCAGUUUGUUAAAUGUGUAAGAAUUUUAAAAUUUUGUCAUUUGGUUUUAAAAAAAAAAUAAAUUAUAUUUCUGUUUGUUAAUUGUGUGAGAAUAUUAGAAUUUUGUCAUUUGAAAUGUCAAAUGUUUGUUCAUUCCAUUUCUUCCAUCUCCUAUUUAAAUUAUUAAUGCCAAAUAAUUUGAUGAUUUUCUUCUACAAAAGUUGUCAUCAACAGACUAGUGCAGCAUUCAGAUUUGUUGAAACAAGCACAAUUAAAACUAUUGAAUCAUAUUCUUAUGUAUAUUAUAUUAUAAUAAUUAUUUUCAGAUUAAAAUUAUUUAUACAUUUUUUUCUUAUGUGGGACCUCUCUGUGAUUGCAUGUUUUCAGUAAAGAGAAACUUAACAUAUUUUUCUGUUCUUUUCCAAAAAGUCCCAACAAAUACUAUAUUUUAAAAUUACAGUUAUACAUAUACAUAUUGUGAUUAUUUUAUUGUUUAACUUAAAGCUUUGAAAUGUUGCACAGAACAUAAAGGUGAUACACUUAAGCAUUCUGUAAUUGGGUGUUACACUUCAGCAUUCUGUAAUUGGGUGUAAUGAACUCAUGAAAAGCUACAUUCAUGCAUAUUGAAAAAGUAUGUUUCUCAAUACGUUCUUCAGGCCAUUAUGCUCAUUCUCUCAAGGUCUGUAUUUAUCAUAAGGUUUUGUCAUCCCACUCACAUCUUUGUUAUUGAACUAUCAAUUAACACAGUUUUUUUUAAUUUUUAUAUUUGAAACAAACAGGUAUAUUUUCAUGGACAAAACACACGUUUAUUUUAUUCCUCGUUUAUUGUCAUCAAGUAUUCCAAAACAGCAACUAUUGUGUUUUCUGUGAUCGCAACGUAUGAAAGAAACAAUAUGAAGUUGAUUCAUGCAUCAUUACUGUGUGUUUAUCAUUGUGUAGUCAUUGGAUAUGUCUCCUUGUUGUAGCAAUGUGUAUACCAAUUUUUGUUCAUUCAUGACCAAGUAAGUGUGUGUGAUUUUCACCUAGUUAGUUUCUACUGUCUCUCCAUAUGGUAACAAUUAAAACCUGAUGUAUACUGAUGUACUUAAAUCAUUUUGCUACUUUUUUUUGUAUUGACCCCAGAGAGCUUGUGUGGCAAUAGACUUCUAUUUAUUUAACCUUUGCUCAUUUGCAUGCUGCAUGGAGUACGUCUUUAAUUUCCCUAAUUUUGCUUCAAACAUUGUUAUAAUUUAUGACAAUAAAAAAUAAAGGCACUGACUUUUUUGAA